AUGCCAUGCGUCCCGAGACCAUCUGAGCCCUACCUGAACCUGGAUGGCGCUCCUUUGGACAAAUGGACACUCCCCUCGCCUGUGGAUCCCCCGUAUGCGCAAGUGGUGACUUGGACCUGGGGCAGUAUUGUGGAGGUCGUCACAACGGCCGUCCACUGUCCAUUGAGUCCCUCUUGGAGACGCGAUCAUUCGAUCCGCUUGCCAAAUUGUAAAUGGGAUGUUGCGAUGUUCUUUGACCGACGUAACCAAGGAACCGAAAGGCUGAAUCCGGUUCUAGACGGACUGGACUGUGUACAAAUGUUCCUCAAUUUCUACUGUGAUUGGUCAGUUCCAUACUUAGAAACUCAAGAGCUGCCACGACGACAAGAAGAGACCCAUGGCGGUCUCAGUCGACGACUGAUGGAUGGUCAUCGACCCCUUGCCAGCUGCGUAGCGCGCUACGGCGAUGAACACCGACCAGCCCGGCACGCAUUAUCCGGAGCAAGCCACGAGCACGGGCAAAUUCCCCGCGGGCCUUGCAUUUUGCUUGGUUCUUUGCUGCUUCGAGCAGGUCAGCUGCCGUCAUCAAACCAUCACGUGGCGUCAUUCGUUGCCCUCAAGGUCCGACGGGUCAAAGGCGGUCUGGCGCAAGUGCUGCCGUCAGUUACAAACGAUACGCGGGUGUACCGUACCGCGCUAGUUGGAGAUCCUCUGGAUGCGUGA